AUGGACGUCGCUCCGGCUGUCGAUUUUGGGUUUAUUUCGUCAUCCCACCGCGGUUUACAUUACCCUAGUGCUCCAUCAAGCCCCAAUAGACUGGGAGAAGUGUAUUGUGGCUUUGAUGAGCUCUUGAUUGCUGUGGAAGCUAACCGAAGCGAUUCCCUUGCUACCGUUCCGUUCGCAUGGGAGGAAAAGCCUGGUGUCCCGAAAACACCUGACAUUUUAUCUGAAGAUGAUUUUUCUUUUGAUGUGAGUUGUGGUUUUGUAAGUGAUUCGGUUCCGGCUGAAGAUUUGUUCCAAGGUGGCGUGAUCAAGACCGUUGGUCCUGUGUCACAGGAGAGGGCUUUCAGCGACAGACGUAUCUGUGAAAGAGGAAGAGAGAGAGGGUUUUCUUCUUCUAGGUUACCUUCAUCUAGAAGUAGAAGGACAAGAUCUUUGUCGCCAUUAGGGGCUUCAGAUUAUCGUCGGGAACAACAACCAAUGACUCCGAGGACAAAACCGAUGGCAACUCCUUCGUGUUUGGCUGAUAACGGGUCGAAAAGAUGGAGUUUUAAGGAUUUGUUUUUGUUCAGAAGUGCUUCGGAAGGAAGGGCAAUGGACAAAUACCCUUUGAAGAAAUACUUUACCAUUAACCGGAGAAAUGACCAGGAGACGCGAAACACGUGUGAGUCUGGAUCGGUUUCGAAAAGAAGGGGACGGGUAUCGGCUCAUGAGCUUCAUUACAACUUGAACCGUGCGAAUUCGAAUGAGAUGAGGAAGAAAACUUACUUGCCAUACAAGCAUGGUAUUCUUGGAGGAUUGUCCUUCAAUCAAUAA